AAAGACAUUCUGGUGUAUUCCACUUAUUACCACCCACGUUUCGCCUUCACAUGCAUGCCCCUUUGAUCUCUCCCUUUCUUCCCCCUCUGCUUUGUCUGCAUGUACCGCACGCCUCAUCUGGAGUACCUUGCGAGUGAUUGUACAGAGAAAUGGAUCUUUGAUCGAAAUCAAAGUCAAGCUUCACUCUUUUUUACACAUCAUUUCAAAUCAAAGGAAAUCAUUCCGCCCCACAUACUCUCCCUCUUUCAACUCUCUCCUCCAUUUUCAAUUGCUUCAACAGAUUUGUUCUUCCAUUUUUAAUCCAGUUCUUGAUGGAAACCACGUUUCUAGCUGUAAGGAAUCUGAAACAAAACCCACUUUCCACCCACUGAAAAAACUUCAUGCCAUAUUUAACUCUAUUCUCAAUCUCUGUCUCUCCUUUUUAUAUGUGCGGAUAAGGAAGAGUGAGCGAUCAAACUAGACGAGAAGGGAAAUUUUGUAAUGCAGGGGCGCUCACUCGAACAAAGUUAUCAGUGAAGUUUUACUCGAAAAGUGCGAGAAUUGGUGUAAAAGAAGAGAAAAAUUAAGUCAAAUUAUUGUAAAUGCCAAAACAAGGGCAGAGAGGGAUGAUGAUGGAUGGUCUGAUGGUGCCCACCAAGACUCGGAAAAGGGGAUGCUCGUCCUCCUCAUCUUCAUCAUCAAGAAUUUACAGUUACAGGUUGAACAAGCGGGCCAUUUUGGUGGGCAAGAAUCGGACCGGGCUUGGGAAGUCUAGAUCCAGCACGCCGGUGCCAACGUGGAGAACCACCCCUUUGAGGAGCGCCAUCGACUCUCCCAAGUAUUCUCAGAGUGGGAAAUCCACCCGGCCCGUAUCGGCCAGGAGGCUCGCCGCCACUCUCUGGGAAAUGAAUGAGGUGCCUUCACCGAAAAUGAGUGAGAGUAAUACGGAGCCGAUGAAGCAGAAGCAAAAGAAGAGUUUAAGCAAGAUGGUUUUUAAAAGGGAGAAAAUGCAGUCCGGAUGGGGUUUGCACUCGGGUUCGGGUUCUUUGCCACCGCAUUUGUCGGAUCCAUCACACAGCCCGACAACUUCUGAGAAAAUGGAUCGAUCCGGAACUGGCAGUCGGAGGAGAAGGACACCAUCAAUCUCUCAGAGGCUUACAUCUGCUGACCAGAAUCUUGGAGUUCUUGAUUCUAUUAGCCAUGCUAGUUUCAUGGAGAUUGAGACUCGAUCCCGUCCCCAGACUUCAGGUGGAUCAGUGAUUGGUUGUAGGAGUCGUCUAAAAGAUGUAAGCAAUGCUCUGAUGACUUCCAAAGAGCUGCUGAAAAUAAUCAAUCGCAUUUGGGCUCAUGCAGAUCAACCUUCGUCUAGCAUGUCUCUGAUCUCGGCCCUGCAUGCUGAGCUUGAGAGAGCCCGCCUGCAGGUUAAUCAGCUUAUCCAAGAAGAACGCUCGGAUAAAAACGAGAUCAACUAUCUCAUGAAGUGUUUUGCGGAAGAAAAGGCAUCAUGGAGAAACAAAGAACAGCAAGCCGUUGAAGCUGCAAUUGGGGCCAUUGCUGGCGAACUAGAGGUAGAGCGCAAGCUAAGACGGCGACUUGAGAGCUUGAACAAAAAACUCGGGAAUGAACUAGCAGAAAUUAAGUCAUCUUUCAUGAAGGCAGUUAAAGAUCUAGAAAGCGAGAAGAGAGCAAGAGAAAUAACUGAACAGGUGUGUGAUGAAUUAGCGAGGAAUAUUGAUGAGGAUAGGGCCGAAGCAGAAAAGGUGAAGAGGGAGGCUGUCAAAGUUCAUGAAGAGGUAGAAAAGGAAAGAGAGAUGCUAGAAUUGGCUGACAAGUUGCUUGAGGAGAGAGCUCAGAUGAAACUGUCCGAGGCUAGACAUCAAUUUGAGGGGAAAAACUCUGCCAUUACUAAGCUGAGGAAACAGCUUGAAGUUUUCCUUGGACCGAAAAGAGACAAAAAUGAAGACAGAGUGGCAUAUUUGAGUAAGUCUAACAUGGGAUCACAUCAGAAUGUGCAAGAAGAUGACGGCGAAGUGGAGGAUGCUAUAGACAGCAAAGACGGCUCUGCAGAGAGCGAUCUUCAUUCGAUUGAACUGAACAUGGAUAACAAUAACAAUAACAAUAAUAAAGGGUACAAAUGGACUCAUACAUCUGCUAUCGAUCGUGAUUCCAGGAAAUUAUCUGUUAACAAUGAAAUCAAAUCAAGAAACUCCAUCUCUGGGCCGGUUUCUAGGAGAAACGUUUCUCUUCAAAGGAGUGCAUCAGAGGUAGUUGAAUGGGCUAUUCAAGGUGCAGGGGAUGGUUUAGAAAGGGAGAGAUUUCAAGAACUCGAGAAGGAAGCUCCAAGAAGAAGUUAUUUCAACGAGACACAGAAACAGAAAUCUCUCAUAGGUCUCAAGGAUCACAUGUUACCAAGUUCUAGAUUAGCAUCGGCCAGAGAUUAUCAUAGUCCAUCCCGACAGGAGCGAUCCUGGCACACUAGAGAUCCAUGCGGUACACUUCAGGAAAGAUCUAGCACAAUUCAAACGACCAGUUUGAAGUCUAGAACUGCAGAUGUCAGAGGGGAAGCCCAGAGUACCAGGAGAUCUAAAUGGUAAGGUUUUUGGAAUGUCGAUUCUUGUUUCUGGGAAUGGGCAGCCAUGUCAAUUAAAACCCCACCUGAAAGUCUUAUACAGUCUGGUACAGGUAAACCUCAACUAAGAAAUAUCAAGAAGUUAACAUCUUGUUCGUUUCUGACCUUACUACGGAAAAUCCCGACAACUGCUUGCCCUGGUCGAUGCUUAGUAACUCUUAGUAUUACUGUUUUUGCUGUGGAUGUUUGGGUAAAAUCCAGAAUUCUGUAGAAAGCUGUGCAAAUUUGAAUGAUGUGAUGUAACCAAGUUGAACA